GCGACGAUCGUGUGUCUGUCACGACGUGUGCCGUUGUGUGCGCGUCAACUUCGCAAUGUCACACGUGCGUACAACUCGUGGAGUGUCAACAGUGGUGUCAAGAGAUUGCGGAAAGGCGUCGGAUUGCUGGCGGCCGCUUCCGUCACGUUCGUGAUGGCGCAGCAAUACCUACGGCCGAAGGUGGUGCACGCUUUGAAGCUUCGCAAGGUACGCACAGAGAGGACGAUUUGCAUAAAGCGGUAAAGCUGACAACGAGGGAGAGAAGGUUCAUAAAAUUCGCGUCGGUGAUGUACGACGGUCAACUCUACAUGACUCCGCAAGACUUUCUCGACAGUGUCAUCGAUGCCGAACCCCGACCGAGACUGAAGAGGCGCGUGCUUACGGAUCAGGAGCUCGAGGUGAUGAGAAAUUCGACGGCCUCGCUGCGUCACGGAAGCACGCACAUGUUCAGAAAUUUAAGAGAUAAAGGGAUUAUUUCUUACACGGAGUACCUGUUUCUUCUGUCCAUCCUGACAAAACCGAAAACUGGUUUCCAAAUCGCCUUCAAUAUGUUUGACACGGACGGAAACGAGAGGGUCGACAAAACUGAAUUUCUUGUGAUUCGUCGUUUACUCGGCGGCAGUUUGAAGGAGAGAGAUCUCGAUGAGCAGACAAGACGUGCAUUACGUUCCAUAAUGUCUCUGAGCGAGGAUAUUGCGGGCAAGGCAAAGCUACGUGAAGUAAAAGCCACCCAAAGUUCGAUUAAAUCAAGUGAAAAUGAAAUCGUCUCAAAUUCUUACAUGGAGAAGAUAUUCAGUCACGCGUGGAGGGGUCGUCAUGGAUGCGAAACCAAGGAAGAACUGGAACAAUUGCAAGAACGUCAGAAAACACCAGAAGAAAUUCAAGGCCAGUACAUCGACGAUGAUCAGGGUUUGCAACGACGUCACGCUGUGGAUACCACCCUGAUGAUACACUUUUUUGGCAAAGACGGCACUACCGAGUUAAGAUACGAAGAUUUCAAACGUUUCAUGGAGAACUUGCAGCACGAGGUGUUGGAGCUAGAGUUUCACGAAUUUAGCAAAGGACACGACACGAUCAGCGAACUGGAUUUCGCGAAGAUCUUGUUACGAUACACGUAUCUCGAGCCUGACGAAUACGACAAGUACUUGGACAGAAUGUUGGAUCGAGAGAGCUUGGAUAUCGGAAUCACGUUCGAGGAAUUUCGUCGAUUCUAUCAAUUUUUAAAUACCCUGGACGAUUUUUCGAUAGCAAUGCGAAUGUACACGUUGGCCGACCAUCCUAUAUCUAAAGACGAGUUUCAACGCGCCGUAAAAAUAUGUACGGGAUCGGUGCUUUCGGAUCACAUAAUCGAUACGGUGUUCGCGCUGUUCGAUGAGGACGGAGACGGUAAACUCUCUUAUAAGGAAUUUAUAGCUAUUAUGAAAGAUCGAUUGCACAGAGGCUUCAAGUCUCAACAACGCAACGAGGGGUGGGAGGCGUUCAAAUUCUGCGUGAAACAAGAGAUGAAAGCGCCGUGAAGACAAGGUUCAGCGCAAAGAAAUGUGAAAAUCGCGGAAAAAAUUAUAAGUAAUGAUCGUUUCAUGUACUUAUACAAAAAAAAAAAAAACAAUUCCUAUAAAUCCUACAAUCCCAUGUGAUAUAAUUAUCAGGUUACUCUAUUCUUUUAUCUUAAAAACGCAAUGUAGAGCUAUUAUAAAUUAUUUAUAUUUCUGCCUAAUAUAUAUAUAAAGAGAUUAUGUGUUCUGCCUAAUAUAUAUAUAAAGAGAUUAUGUGUUCGCACAACUAUU